AACUAAAGAACAUGAAACUAGAUGCAUCUUCAUGUUGGUGCUUGGACGAGCUUGUCAAGAUUAUGGAGUGCUAAAACACGCACACUGAACAGACUGUUUACCCUAUGAUGUGGAACCCGUUGAAGUCCGCAAUCAAAGUGGGGCAUUUGGAGAAGCCUUUGACGGGCAUAAAAGAAAGAGGAUACAUAAAGAUGCAACAUAUUCAUAUAUAUGGGAGUUUGAGAAAGCUAAUUGAUUAUUCUUUAACGCACAGGCAUAAAGCUGAAUUUAUUAAAAUAGUUGUGAAGGAGAUUCCAAUAAAGUUGCAUUCCAUCAGCGUUGAUGACCGUUUAAUAAGCAAGGGGACUCGGAUAAAUGACGUGGUUUCAUCUUUAAACUCUUUUACUGAUGAGUUCUGCAUUAUAGGAAUCACGGGAAUGGUGGGUAUUGGGAAGACAACUUUGGAAAGAGCUUUUUUUGAUCAAAUAUGCAAUGAGUUCGAAGGUAGCAGCUUUGUUGAGAAUGUUCGGAAAGUUUCAAAGUCCCUUUCCUUAGGUUUGAAGUGGUUGCAACAGCAAGUCCGAAGAGAUGUCCUAAAUGAUCAAGGCAUCAUGGUAAAUGGUGUUUUUGACGGGAAAAAGAUGAUGAAUUUUUUUUUGCCUCGUAGAAAGGUUCUUGUUGACUCGAUUGAAAAUCUUGAGAUCACCCGCAAAUUGAGUGAAGCUGCACGUUUUAUGGCCAAUCAACCAGGCAUGGGUUUGCAGCUUGGUCAAGAUGCAUCUGCAGCAGCAGCCAGCAACAUAUGGCAGUUAGAAACACAGAAAGAAAAGUAAGUAGCUAUUCAAGGGCAUGUGCUGUUCCAACCUUACUUUCUCCUUUCGGCACGGAUGGAUCUUAAGCCUGCAGAAUGCACAGGCUGCCAACAGUUCCCAUAAAUCUUGAGGCAAAUGCAGGAUGUUCAUUAAUCUUACAUGCCCUAUGGUUCUCAUCCAUGAACUAGAACUCUUCAAUUUCGAUCAUUAACAAAUGGACCUUGGAUCUUUCAGCUUGUAACAGAAAUGUUGAUAUGAUUCUGGUUCCUCCAUGUAUUAUAUCAUCGAAUUGCAUCAUUAUGUUCAAGUAUAAGUAUAAAAUAUACUAUAAAACUACGGUUA